GAGUUUAUUGGCCCCGACCGUCCACACCCGCCGCGGCGGCGUCGUGUUGGGCUCUCGGUCCGCCAAGUCGUCGCGCGGUCACCGCGUUCCGAGCAGCCGGUGUCGGCGGCUGUUGCGGCGGCAGCGCCGUCUGCGCGCAGGAAGCGGUCCGACCGCCCCGACGAGUCGGCCGACGGGGGCCAAAAGGGCCGCGCGUCGGGCGCGCCGGCCACAGUCGAGCGACUGGUGCGCCCGCGAGAUAUACGCGUCAGGCAUUGCUCCAUCCGUCGUCGACUCUCUCUCCGGAACAGCGCUCACACUCUGGAUACGACGCCACACGCCUCUCCCCUGUGCGGGCCUACGAGCCUUCGGCCACACCAUGCGCCCAGCACGGGGAAUUGUUCUUGGGCGUUCUCCUCGUGAGUGCUUUAAGAACAGCAAGGGAAAGUUUUUGCACCAUGACAGCUAUUCCGGUUGGAUUAUUCUCUAGCGCUCUGUUUAGUACCCAUGCAGCAGCUCCUCCUUUUUAUUUAUGUGCUUUUUGUAAGUUAAUUUGCCAUGGAAGUGGACUGAGAGCGGAGUUCUGUAAAUAUCUGUGCAAAGUUCAUGAAAUGUGGCAAUGUUCUCACACCCAUAAUAACACUUUCACUGUGGGAAGCUUCUGUUUCUUCGCUUCGGAAAUGAAAUAUGCGCAUGACAGACGAUUACCCAGAUCCCAGCCUCUCUCAAAGUCUGCAAAGGAUGUACGUAAGCUUCUCAUGAAAAGGAGGUCAGAAUCUGGUAAGUGCACUAUUUUAGUUUUCCUCGGCGGUUCUUGCAAUCCCACCACGUGGAGGAAAGAUGUUGCUAUCCCAAAACUCAAGUCAUAUGGCAUCUCGUAUUACAAUCCACAGGUGACUCAGUGGAUACCUGAACUGAUCGAACUCGAAAAUCAGGCAAAAGAGAAUGCUAAAGUCAUGAUGUUUGUUAUUGACAACCAGACGAGAUCAGUUGCUUCUAUGAUAGAGUCGGCUCAUAUAGCUGGUACCAGGCGCAAGCUGAUCCUUAUCCUCACCGAGCAGUCACCACCGGGCAGCCUAGUGCUGGGUGAGCCUAUCUCGGAGAAAGAGUACCGGGACCUGCAGCAGGGCCGUAACUACUUGCGGGACUUAGUCGAGAUGCGUGGCAUACCCGUCUUCCAGAGCAUGCCUGAUGCCCUGGAUGUGACCAAUCGCUGCCUCAAAGAGGAUCUCUGGCCUCAGGAUAUCCGAGGCCGCCAGGACCUCGUCCAAGUGCCGCACCUUGCCCUUGGUGACAAGUACCUGAAGGUUCAAGAAGCAUUUAAAAGCUUCUCUUCAGAUGAUGGGAAAGUUCGCAUAAGAGAUGUUAAAAUGGCGUUCAAGGUGCUGACAGCACGAGACCUCCCGCAAGAAUGUUUGGAGGCGCUCAGAAGCAGAGAGCAGCCCGCUGUGGCAGAUACCAUGGUUGAAGGGGAUAUGGAUGACAUUCCCAUCACAUUUGAUCAGUUCUGCCUCAUCCUGUCAGAGUUCAAGCAUCAGGCCAAAAAUGGCACCUGGUUUACAGAGUUCCUAACUUCCAUCCAGCGUCUCUUCAGUCAAGUAUAUGAUCGCAUUGUUCCGAGGUCAGCGCUGUCUGGUGGAGCAACAGAUGCCCCGUUACCACCCUACUGGAGUCAUGUUUACCUUGGAGGCUCCACUAAAGAGUGUAGUUGGAGAGAUGAAAUUGCCAUUCCACUUCUCAAGAAACAUGGACUGACACAUUCCAUCCCAUUCCGCUCCCCAUGGAAUGCUCGCCUAAGCCCACUUGAGAUGCACAUCAUCAACAGUGCUCAAGUAUUGCUCUUUGUCAUCACAAAAACGGCACGCUGUGUAGCCGAAAUGCUUGUGGCGGUGCACUAUGUUGGCCAAGGCUGCAAUGUCGUCCUUUGUAUUCAGUACCUGGAAAGUGAUGUGGUCAUUGAUGGAGAAAAGCUCUCCGAACUGGCAGUUAAAGACUAUAACCGUGGACGGAUGUACCUCUCGGACUUGGCGACAAGAGCUGGGGUUCCUGUGUUCAGUGACAUAAGUGAGGCGGUGCUGUGUGCUGCAGAAAGGUGCUGAAGCGACUGGUUCCCACAACAGUUGUUCCAAAUAUCCAGUACCAGCCCCUUCAAGCUUCACCAUUUUAAAUUUUGACAGUACUGUCAGAGUUGCAGUCUGUUUGCCUUGAACUUUCUUGUAAAUGUGCUCAUCAAGAAGUGAAACUGAGAACCAUCAUGGUAGUGUAAAUAUGAACAUGCUGAAGUUUGUAUAGUCAUUUGUACAGUUUCAUUCUUGCAAUUCACACAAUGAAACAUUGCAGUCAUACUCAAAAUAAAUG